GCACCAUGAACAUGCCCUGUAUAAAAAGGCAGUAUUUUUAAUUUUUCAUUGAUGAAAGAGACAUCAUCAUCUUAAUUUCAAACCAAUUACAUAAUUCAGUGUCUCAUUCUUCCCUUUACCUUUGACCAUCUCCUCCCAAAAGCCAUACUCAUACCCAAAAGUCGUGUUUUUGGUACCAACACUUUUUUUGUUGACCUUUUCCAUUUGCUUUAUCCUUCCAUUUUAUUAAAUACUACUGCUACUGUCACUCUUAAUCCCACCAAAAGUUCAGCUUAAUCGAGGGAUUUUGGAGAAAAUCCAAGAAAUGGGUUGGUUCCCUUGUACUGGUGCUGGAAAAUCAGUCGAAAAUUUGAAGAAAAGAAGUGUCAAAAAGAGUUUAGAACAUCAGAUCUCAUCAUCAAGUUCAGGGGAUGGGAAAAAAGAGAGUACAAAGGAUGGCAAAUCAGAUCAUAUUGCUGUAAAGACUUUUACGUUUCGUGAGUUAGCAGCUGUAACAAGGAACUUCCGGGCGGAUUAUCUAGUUGGUGAAGGUGGUUUUGGGCGGGUUUAUAAAGGAAGGCUGGAAAAUACUUGUCAGGUUGUUGCUAUUAAGCAACUUGAUCAUAAUGGGCUUCAGGGCAAUAGGGAGUUCCUUGUCGAAGUGUUGAUGCUCAGCCUACUUCACCAUCCAAACCUUGUUAACUUAAUUGGAUACUGUGCUGAUGGAGAUCAAAGGCUUCUUGUGUAUGAGUAUAUGCCACUAGGAUCAUUGGAAGACCAUCUUUAUGACAUUCCUCCUGACAGGAGACGACUUGAUUGGAAUACAAGAAUGAAAAUAGCUGCUGGUGCUGCCAAAGGCUUGGAAUACUUGCAUGAUAAAGCAAAUCCACCAGUUAUAUAUCGAGAUUUGAAAUGUUCUAAUAUAUUACUUGACGAAGAUUAUAACCCAAAGCUGUCUGACUUCGGCUUGGCCAAAUUGGGGCCAGUAGGGGAUAACACGCAUGUUUCAACCAGAGUGAUGGGAACUUACGGAUAUUGUGCUCCAGAAUAUGCAAUGACUGGUCAGCUUACCCUAAAAUCAGAUGUUUAUAGCUUUGGGGUUGUUCUUUUGGAACUCAUUACAGGGAGGAAAGCAAUUGACAAUUCGAAAAGUAAUGCAGAGCACAAUCUUGUAGUAUGGGCACGACCCCUGUUCAAGGACAGAAGGAAAUUCUCUCAGAUAGCCGAUCCAAUGCUCCAAGGUAGGUAUCCAGCAAGGGGAUUGUAUCAAGCUUUGGCAGUUGCUGCAAUGUGUGUGCAAGAACAACCUAAUAUGAGACCCCUUAUGGCUGAUGUCGUCACAGCUUUAACUUACCUUGCUUUCCAAAAAUAUGAUCCAGAGAGUGAGUCACGUCAAAGUUUUCACUCAGCUGCUUCCACUCCCAGAGCCAGAAAAGAUUAUUGAAAGCAAACUGCAUUUUUUAGGGUUAUAAGUCCGACAUGUAAAUUGAAUCUGCUUAAUCAUAAUGUUCAAUUUCAACUUUCAAGGCUGGUUUUGUGUUCAGAUAGGCGAGAGUGGAAAAAAAAAAUAGAAUCAAUAGAUAGCAAAAAUUCAUCCUCAGUCCUUUGUACUUGUAUGAAUUUUUACAGUUAUAUACUUAUAACUCGUAUAUAUAGAGAUGUGGAUAGAGCGAACCUGUUCGUAUAUUAAAUUGCCUUGGUCUGUUUUUUA